GGCGGAUCACGAUGAGAUGGUCACGGAGUUUACGAAUAUUACAGGGAGCGAUCUAGAAAGGGCGCAGUUUUUUCUUGAAUCAUCAGGCUGGCAAUUGCAGGUAGCAAUUGCUUCAUUUUAUGAUGAAGCUGAGAUGGAUGACACACCGGAUACACUGCCCUCUGGUGUUGGAGGUAGGGUCAGUGAACCAGAAGGAGUAGCCCCACCACCGUACUCAGCAACUGGUGGUUCACGGUUCGCAACCUUAUCAGAUAUGAUGCCUGUUGGAGAUGAAGAUGAUAGCAGUGAAGAUGAAGGAGAGACAUUUUAUGCUGGGGGAGCAGAACGAGGAGGAAGUGGGCAACAAAUAGUUGGUCCAGCUAAAAAAAAGAAAGCUAGUAAAAUAGUAGAAGAAAUGUUUCAAUCAGCCAAAGAACAUGGAGCUCAGGAAGUGUCAGCUGCUACACCAGUUCCUAGUGGUAGUUCGGCUGGUGCAUCAUUUGGAGGUGCUGGCUACAGACUUGGAGAUACAGAAGGAGGUGAUGUAAGACCAGUUCCAGGAACAUCUCGCUCAAAACAAGACCAACCCAAAGAUAUGCAUGUUGUUCUCAAACUCUGGAAAAAUGGAUUUACCGUUAAUGAUACAGAGUUGAGAGCGUUUAGUGACCCCAAAAAUGCCGAAUUCCUAAAUUCUGUUACAAAAGGUGAGAUACCUAAAGAACUGCAUAAUAAGGCGAAAGGUGGUGAGGUGAACCUGGAUAUGGAAGACCACCGUGAUGAAGAAUAUGUACCUGCAAAACAAGCACUCAAACCAUUUACAGGGGAAGGAUUUAAACUAGGAAAUCCUACUCCUAAAGUAGUAACUCAAAGUACACCUUCUGUACCAGCCAAUGUACUGAAUACCAAUCCUAUAGAAGUAGAUAAAAACAAACCAAUAACUCAGCUGCAAUUACGAUUAGCAGAUGGAUCAAGACUUAGUGGUCAAUUCAACAAUACCCACACUGUUGGUGAUAUCAGGAGAUUUAUUAUAUAUUCACGCCCACAGUAUUCUAGCACAGUUUUUGUUCUACAAACCACAUUUCCAAAUCGAGAACUAACAGAUGACAGCAAGACACUAAUCGAAGCCGACGUAUGGAACUCUCUCAUUGUACAGCGACUCAAAUAGAGGAGAUAUGGGACUGGAAUGAACUGAUCUAUACCUAUAGCAGAUACCAAUGUGACACCCAAGGCAUUAUCUCUUAAGCUUAUUGCACUGUGGUUUAUUCCUUUAUCUUCCCAUGAAACCGUUGAAUACAUCAUAAAACAUUAUUGUUACACAUUUUAGUGACAAGAGGCAUAAAAACAAGACAUAGAAAUUAUGUACAUCUUGUUUUCUUGUUUCUAUACACAACUCUUGUGCUAAAGACAAGAAAUGGAAGCUGUUUUAAAGCUGGAAUUUUUAAGGCUGGUUGUAGGUCUUUGUGUCAUUUCCUUCUAUCUGUAUAUCCCAAUAACGGUUUUGUUUUGUUGUACAAUUAUUUGUUAACAUACUACUUAGCUUAAAGUCUAAAUUAUUCCAUUUGUAAUGCAAAGAUCAUAGACCAGCUAUAAAAAGAAUGAUGCGGUGAUCUAUUUAAGAUAGAUUUUUCACGUAAAACUGUGCCACAUCAUUAAAAAACAAUUAUA